GGGAGGUGGGGCUGUGUUUGUAACCCGGAAGUACCGUGCUGCUGAUGUGGCUGGAGGAGGAGUUCGGCGAGCAGUAGUCUCGGAAUCGGGAUAAGCGUACCUGAGAUAUUCUCCAUUGACUUCAGACGGGCUGACAGAUACAGUGAGGCCCUGUCCUGCUCGGAAUGUUCAGCCGUCUUUCGGGUAUCGCUAACACUGUUUUACAUGAGCUUUCUGGUGAUGGAGAGGAAGAUGGAGACUCUGGGAAAUCCGCUAUGGAAUCUGCAUCCCAAAAGGAAAUGUCAGAGGACCAGAUGGAAAGACUGGCUCACUACGAGCAGCUUGUGGUACAAUUAAAGGAGCUGAUCCAGCAGAAGGAUGCGGAGAUAGAGCAAAGGGAUGCACAGAUAAAGCUGGAAAGGGAAACUUCAGACUCAAAGUUCACCAAACUGAAGCUCCAAGCAAAGGCAAAAGUUGCUAAUUUAAACAAGCAGCUUGAGGAACUUAAGAAAACAUCAGCUGACAAUAAGGCAAACAAAGAAGGGAACAGUGAUGAUCAGAGACAGGAUGCAAAGAUUCAUGAAGAGGAGAAAAGGAGACUACAAGAUAAUGUAUCCGAGCUCACAAAGCAGCUUCAAGAGAGUCAAGAGACUGUCUCAAAUCUUACAAGACAACUAUAUGAUAGUCAAGAAAGUCUCAAUGAACUUACAAGACAGCUCCAUGAGAGUCAGCAAACAGUGGAACAGCUCCAUGAAAGGCAACAAAAUCAAGAAUCUGAGACCCGUGAUCUCCAGCGGAAGCUAGAGGAGCAGUGUGAAACUCUCAAUGCCCGCACUCAGUUUGUAGAGAUGUUAGAGCAGGAGCUUCAGAGUGCAGAGCUUCAGAAACAGGUUCUGUCUGAGCAAUUCAGACAGAUGGAAACAGAAUUAAAGUCCCUUAGAGAAUCUUUGGAUGAAGAGAAGAAACAAUAUGCUUGUCAAGUGACCAUAAUAGAAGAAAAACUUACAGAAAAGGAUCACGCUUGUCAAAUGCUGCUUAAGGAGCUGGAGCAAAAGAGUGAAGCUCAACAAGAGCUAGAGAAAAUGAAGGCUGACCUUAGAAGUUCACAGGAUUUGUUGCAACAAAUGAAGGAAGAGCUUGAAAAAGGACAAGAAGCUCACAAAGAGCUGGAACAAAUGAGAGAAGAACUGAAGAGAGGGAAAGUGGCACAGGAUGAGUUAGAACAACUGAAAGAGCAGUUGAAGAAAGGAAUGGAAGAUCAGAGGCUGAACACAGGAAAAGAUUCCCAGGGUAAUUUUGGAGAAGAGUUGCCUAAAGAGCAAGAAGACCUUUGUGGGCUGUAUGAAGCAGGAGAAGGGCAAAAACAUGGCACAAAAGUAUCACUGGAAUUAGAACAAACGGAAAGGGUUCAUGAAGAAUUAGAGAGAAUGAAAGAAGAAAUUGAACAAUUGAGAGGUUAUCAGAUUGAACUGGAACAAGUAAGAAAGGAACUGGAGAAAGAAAAGGGAGCUAAGGAGGAGCUUGAGAAAGCAAAGAUGGAGCUGGACAGCAUAAAAGCAGCUCAGAAAAAUCAGGAACUGAACGAGUGGAAAAUUGAAGAGACACUUGCCCUUCAGCAUCAAAAUAUGGAAAGCCCAGUAACCACAGAGGAGUACCAUGAAGCUUUUUGUAUAAUAAAAAGUGAGAACCUAGGGCAAAUGUUGAAUGAAAUGUCAAAGACUGAUACUGAAGAGAAGGCACUAGAUGAUGCAUGCAGUCUGCUCACAGCCUCUGAGAAUGUUCUGGAACCACAGGGUGAACUUAUAACACAGGUGUUGAACCUUUCUUCAGUGGAAAAAGAUGGGCUUGAUUCUGUAUCAGAAGACUUUGCUAUUGCUCUGGGAAAUGCUGUAGAAGAUAUGCAAGAGAAACAAUUGUCCAUCCUUAUGAUGGAUAUUAGAGACACUAAGGAAGAGAUAGAGAGCCUGAAUGGGCAACUAUUAAAAAAAGCCGAAGAAUUGCCCAGUGAAAAAUUAGAACAAAGGGUGGAUGAUAGUGAAUGCAAAGCUGAGAAUGACUUUGUUGAACUAACUGAUGCAACGUAUAGUGAAAAUCUAAAAUGUAAUAUUUAUGAAGAAAGGAGUGACAUCUCUGAUCUAGACAUAUAUCAGGAUAAGGCACCAGUUAGACAGGUCAGAAAUGAUGAAGGAUCUGAUACUACUUGUCAAGCUCUGUUAACUACAGAGAGUAGCAAUAAGGAGAUAAAUGUAGAUAUUAAUGCACUGAAUAAGCUGGUAUCUGAACUGCAAAAUCAAGUGCAAACUUUGACCUCUGAGAAGGAGGCCCUGGUCAAGAGGAUUACGUUUUUAGACACAGACAUUAAACAAAUGGAAUACUAUGGGGCUCAGAACAUCUUAGCUGAAAAAGCAAACAGUUUAGAAAAUGAGUCAAAAUCCAAAGACGUAAAAAUUGCAGCUCUGCAAAAAGAUCUUGAUCAAUUGAACCUUCAAAUGUCUGAGCAAGAUGCACUUUUAAAGCUGAAGGAAGAUCAGCUGUGUGAGAAAGAGACAAAUAUGAUAAGCUUGCAGGAAAUGCUGAACCUAAGUCAGAGCAAAGAAGAGAGGCUUUCCGAAGCACUUGCAGGAAAUGAAAGAGAAAAUGUCUUGCUUCAGGAUCUCCUUUCACAAAAGAGUGCAAGCAUAACAAAUUUUGAAAUUUUGUUAACAGAGAAGGAUCAGCAGUUGGCUGAGUUAAGUCAUAGCCUUUCUGAUAAGGUUGUACUCCUAAAUGAAGAAAAACAUUCCUUGGGUUUGGAAAUAAAAAUUCUUAAAGAACAGUUGAUAUCAGUUGACAGAGAACAGAAGGAGGACAUUGAACACUCUGCUAUACUACGAAAAGAAAAUGAGGAUGUUCGUCUGCAGCUAGACAAAAUUAUAAGAGAAAACUCACAGCUGCAGGGCAAGAUGGAGUUAGUACAGCAAGAGCGAGAAGAGCUGCAUCAGCAAUUAGAAGUUUUAAGACACGAUCACGUGACAAAAAAAGAAAUGUUGCACUGUGUCCAAGAAGAAUUGCAUUUGUUGCAAAUUCAGUUGCAAGAAGGAACACGUGAGCACUUACAAUCCCAAGAAAAGCUUUUAUCUGUGCAAAGAGAAAAAGAGGAGCUAGAAGCAAUAGUAAAAACACUAAGACAGGAUAAUGCACAGCAGCAAGAAUUUGUGACAUUGCAACAGAGUUCAGAUGGGGAUUUGCAAGAACAAAUUCAAAAACUAACUGAGACACAGCUUCAUAAUGCAGAAACCAUACGCAAUCUCCAGAUAGAGAAAAGCAACUUAGAGCAUGAAGUACAUUCUCUCAAAAGCCGAUCAUUGCUAGACAUUGAUGAGCCAAAGGAGAAAGAAGAGAUGCAAGAGCAAUUGGAACUGCAAAAGAACGAGCUUGAUCAUUUAAAGAAAAAGCUUCACGCUUCUCUUAUCAAUAGGAAGGAACUCAUGAAAAAGGUGUCCACUCUGGAGAAAAAGUUAACUAAAUAUAAUACAGAGCCUGAUUGCUCUGGUAGUAUAAAUGUGGAAGCUAAAUCUGCCUGCCAGCAAGUAGCAGAACAAAAUGUAGUGGAAGAAGUCCUGAAACUGCAACUUUCAGAAAUGGAGUCUGACUUGGAGAAAGCCAGGAGACAGAUAAUUGAAAAUCAGGAAGAUGAAGAGAAACUUCAAACACUGAUAGAAGAAAUGAGUUUGGAGAUGAGCAAAAAAGAUAACUUGAUUAAAACACUACAUAUGGAAAAAACUGAGAACCUUUCCUUGAUUGAAAGGUUAACAGCAGAAUCUCAGAACUUAAAGUGUUUAGUUUCUGUGCCUUCGUGUGAACCUGAUGAGCUAACUGACACAAAAGCAACGCUAGAAAACAAAAUAAUAAAUCUUGAGCAAGAAAAAGAGCAACUGCAAAAGAAAGUUCAGGACGCUCUAAAUUCUCGUAGGGACACAAUUAAAAAAGCACAGGAAAAAGACAGACAUCAUCGUGAACAGCUGAAACAACAGAAAGAAGAAUACAAUCUAUUGCAGGAAAAAUAUGAAGAGCAGCAAAAACAUUUUUUGGAGCACCAAGGACAGAUAAAGAAUGUGCAAGAAGUGGAGGCCUCAAAGUUACAGUUGUGUCAAUUAGAGGAGCCUCAGGAUGCAGGCACACAAACUGAUGCGUCUGACCAGCAGCAUUUGAAAUUUAUAAAUGUGGAAGUUGACAAACCUGUUUCUGAUGAGGAUCUUUCUACUAAGGAAACAGUGGAAACUUUAAAACAGCAGCUGGGUAUUUUUGAGAAACAGAGAGAUGAGUUUGAACGAAGAGCUAUUUGUUUAGAAGAAGAUCUUGCACGUCGUCUUGAAGAAGUUUCAGAACUGCAAGAGACCAUAGAACAUUUGAACAGAGAACUUCAACAUCAACAAGAUAAUUGUCAACAGUUUGAAGCCAAAGCUGCCUCUUUAACGAUAGAGCUGGAUAAAAGCCUUCAGGAUUACAACAUAUUGCAAACAAUGGAAUCUGAGUUAAAGGAAACACAGAAAGAGUUUUUCCUUAAGCAAGAGGAAAUAAACAGUCUUCAGAUGGUGCUUGAGGAAAGAAAUGAAUUUGUAAAAAAUCUGCAGUUGUCUGUAUUGGAAAAGGAAGAAAUUACAGUUGCCCUUAAAGCUCAGUUGGAAAAUCAAGCAAAAGAGAAUGAGGAACGUAUUCAAAAAUUUGAAAAGCAGGUGCUGGAAGUGCAGCAAAAACAAGAUGAAGAUGUGGAGGAAGCUAGGAACAAAACUCAACUUCAGAGGAAGCUUCAGGCUGCUCUAAUCUCUAGAAAAGAAGCACUUAAAGAGAGUAAGUCAUUACAAUCAGAGCUAGAUAAAAUGGGAAAACAAAGAGAGGAGCUUUCUAGCCAACUGAGAAUGGUAGAAAGCUCUGUUGUUCAACUAAGUGAGGAAAGGGACAACUUGCUUGAUACAUUAUUUAGCCAGAAAGAAGAGCUAAACAAGCUAAGAGUGGAUGUUGACAAAUGUUUAGCGGAUAAUCAAAAUCUGGAUGCUUCAUGCGAAAGCCUGAAACUUGCAUUAGCCGGUAUAACACACGAGAAAGAAAUAUUGGAAAAGGAGCUAGAAUCUAUGAAAAAUGCAGGCUCUACACAGCAACUGGAAUGGCAAGAGAAACUGUCUGACCAACAAAAAGAAUAUGAAUCACUGCUUCAGUCUUAUGAAAAUGUCAGCAAUGAGACUGACAGGAUGAAUAGAGCUUUAGAAGCUGUAAGGCUGGAGAAGCAAGAGAUAUUCCACAAAAUGAAAAGCAUGGAAUCUGCAAAAAGGGAAGUUGAGAAGCAACUGGAAGAUGCAGAUCUAGAAUUAGAAAAUAUGAAGGAUAAAAUGAGGAAAUUUGCCAAAUCAAAGCAGCAAAAAAUACUAGAGCUAGAAGAAGAGAAUGAAAAACUCAGAGGAGAUUUACAACCCAGCAGCAGUGAACAGAUAUUAAAGUUCAAUAAAGAAAAUGAAGAACUUAAAGCUGAGCUUGAAAGACUUCACUCAAACAAUUGUGAUCUUGUUGCUCAACUGGAAGUUGUCAAGAAUGAAAAUGUUUCUCUUAUUCAAGAGGCCGAAUGUCUGCGAAAUCAGUUUCAGAGUAUUGAAUCAAAACUGGAAAAAAUUGAGAAAGAACACCCCAAUUUCAGUCAAGAUGAGACUAUAACCACACAGGAAUCCUCUGUAGUGUCUGUUUUACCACCUCCAAAAAGUAGAGAAAAGGCAGACAGCAGCCAAAUAUCUGUGGAACUAGACAAUAAUCAAGAAAAAACAUCUGACAAAGUUCUGGCUAAUGAUUUGAUUGCACAGUUGCAAUAUCGUAUAAAUGAACUGGAGAACAAUACAAAGGAAAAUAGUUUUGAAAAAAUAAGUGAUGAAAUAAAGGUCUUACGAGAAGAUAAGUUUAAGGCUGAAAAAUGGAUAUCUAAUUUGUUAGAGGAAAUAAAUCAACUGCAAGAUCGUAUACAUGAACUGGAGAACAAUACAAGAGAUAAUGGUCUUGAAAAAAUGAGUGAUGACAUAAAGGUAUUACAAGAAGAUAAGUUUAAGGCUGAAAAACAGAUAUGUAAUUUGCUAGAGAAUAUUAGUCAACUGCAAGAAGAGAUUGAAGAGUUAAAAAAAAUAAAUCAAGAAGUACAAAUUGCUGUGGCUAAGGCAAUUAAAGAAAAGGAGACGACAGAGUUGGAAAAGGAUGAGUUGGAGGAACGCCUCAUGAACCAGUUGGCUGAGCUCAAUGGAAGUAUAGGGAAUUACCAACAGGAUGCCAUGGAUUUACAAAUAAAAAAUGACUGCUUGCAAAAAGAGUUACAGGACCUCCAGUUUGAAUUAGAAGAAGAGAAGAGGAAACUAGAGAGGCAAAAAGCAGAAGCACUUUCUCAUGUUCAGAAAGAAUAUGUAGAUAAACUGAAAUCGGUACACCAGGGAGAAAAAGGCAGAGAAAGACAGGCAAAAGAGCUUCAGGAACUUCUCAAGGAGAAACAGCAAGAGGUACGCCAUUUGCAGAAAGACUGUAUUCUGUUCCAAGAGACCAUCAGUGGUUUAGAAAGAACCGUAAAGGCUUUAGAGUUUGUUCAUAGUGAAUGUGAGAAAGAAAAAGUAGCAACGAACGAAAGAACAGCUAAAGCCAAGGAAGAUACGAAGAAAGCAAAAGCUGACUUGACCUCGAUUCGUGUGCUGUUAGAUGAUACCCAAAGUGAAGCGGCAAGAGUAUUAGCAGAGAAUAUGAAGCUAAAGGAAAGUCUUCGUGUAGCAGGGGAGGAUGCAGCUUUAAAACUGAGGAUAAAAGAUGAGGAAGCAGAAAAGAGGUUGGAACAUGAAAGAGAUAAGCAUCUUAAAGAGAUAAAGAACAUGCAGGAGAAGCUAGAUUUGCUGCAACAGGAUAAAGAAAAAAUGCAGGAAACUAUUACUGGCCUGCAGACUGCUCUGGACAACAAGACUAUGGAACUAAAGGAGCUCCAGGGCAGUUUGAACCAGAACAUAGCGAAACUGGCAGCAUUUACCCGCAGCAUGUGUUCUUUGCAAGACGACAGAGACCGUGUAAUAGAAGAAUCUAAAAAAUGGAAUAAAAAAUUCUCAGGUGCCAUGCAAGCAAAGGAUAAUGAAAUGGAAGAAAAAGAGAAGAUUUGUACAUCGCUGAAGAAUAAGCUAACAGAAAUCACUUCACAAGCUGAGGAACUACGGGAACAAGUGAUUAGACUUGAGAAAGUGAAUAAGGAACUCACAACAGCCAUUCAUACUGACGCAGAAUCUCAUCUAAAGGUACAGAAUUCCCUUCUGGAAGAAAAAGCUGUGCUUUCUUCCCAGCUAGAAGAGGAACAGCGUUUGCAACAUAGCAGUCAAGAAGAGCUGAAAUUGCGAAAUCUGGAGGCCACAGAUCGGCAAAAUCAACUUGAUGCUCUGGAAACAGAAAUUAAACAAUUUAAAGCAGAGAAGGAGAACCAGCUGGACACAAUAAAGAGGUUGGAGUUGAAAGUCCAGGACAUGGGGUUGCAUAUUGAACAGAUUGAAAGUGAUCUGCAGGCAUCUAAAACACUGACAGAGCAACUUCAUAGGGAGCUAGAGCAGAAGGAGCAAGAUGUAGUGAGACUGCUGAGCUCUCAAGAUGAGGCAGUAAGCACAGCUGUUAGAGAGCUGCAGGAAUUGCAUGCUGCAGAGAGCAAGGAACUCCAGGAGAGAAUAGCAGACAUGGAGCAGGAGAGGUCACAAUUAAGGGAGAAACUGGAGGCUAUAAAGGCUCAAGCACAACAUUCUCAAGAAGAUACUAGAAGAAGUAAAACCCAGCUGGAAGCAAUAACUAAAUCUAUGUGCUCACUGCAGGAGGAACGUGAACGCUUGAUAAGUGAUUACCAACAGCUAGAGGAGCGACACCUUAGUGCCAUACUUGCUAAAGACUCACUGAUCCAGGAGGCUGCAGCAGAGGGUAAUGAACUACGUGAGGAGCUACGAUCUCUGCUGAGCCGCACUGAUGACCUGAAUGCACAAAAUGCCAAACUGAAUGCUCAGCUAGCUCGGUACCGUGAGGACUUGAAAGAACUCAUAACACUUAAGGACUCACAGCUGAAGCAGCUUCUGGGUGAGAAGUUACAAGAAAUAGAGAGACUUCGACAGGAGCAGAGUGCCCAGGAACAGCAACUGAAGCAAGAGAAAGAGCAGGGAGAUAUUUUGCAGCAGCAACUUGAGGAAACCAGAAAAGAGAAACAGAGCACACAGCUGGAAGUAGAGACCUUGACGCUUUGUGUGUCUAAACUACAGACUGAGAGGGAGGAAGGAGAGACUCGAUAUGCAGAAGAAAUUGAAGAAGUCCAGAAACUGAAAGAGGAGUUAUUGCAACUACAAAGCGAAUUGACACUUGUGAAAGAGGAGAAAUAUCAAAUUCAAACAGAGGCGGAAAAGAGAUUGAAAAGUGUAGAGGAGGAGCUACAGAGGAAACUGCAAAGUUUGCAGCAUGAUACUGGAAUAAUGCGCAACGAGACAGAAACAGCCGAGGAACGAGUAGCAGAACUAGCAAGGGACUUGAUGGAUGCAGAACAGCACCUACUUCAUGCAAAUGAAGAGAAUUCUUCCCUUACAGCUCGGAUACAGGCUUUUGAAGGCUCCAUGAGGUCUCUGCAGGACAGUCACGAUUCUGCUAAGGAAGAGCUACAUAAAAUGCAUUUAGAGCAGAGAAAAUGGUCAUUCAUGGAGGAAACACACAGAGAGGAACAGCAAACAUUGAAAGCAUUGUUAGAAGAGCAAGCUGCGAAGCUGGAAGCUGGACAAAUGCAGAUUAGUCAGUUAAGUUCUGACCUACAAGCUUCCCAAAACCAUAUAAAAUUCUUAGAGAAUUUACAAGAAGAAAGCAAGAGACUACAAGGGGCUCUGAAUUCAUCACAAAGAGAGGUGGCCAUACAUGUGCAGAACACAGAUCUCAAGGACAGAAAGGUGCCUAGUAAUACUAGUGACUCCUUGCUAUCCGCUUUGCAAACCAGUCAAGAGGAAGUGCAGAGCCUUCAAAAGCAGCUUAAUGAUGCACUUUCUCAGGUUCACCACAAAGAGCUGAGAGUUCAACAGCUCAAUGGAAAGUUGUCUCAGAUAUUUGAAGAGAAGAAUGCUCUAUCAAUGCAACUUCGAGGAAGCAGCCAGAACCUUAAAGAUGCUCUCAGUCGAUAUGCAUCCCUUGAAAAACAACUUCAGGAAUUAGCACCCAAGAAUCAGGUAUCUGUACAGGAGGCCGUGAUGGUUGAUUCAGCCCCUGGAGCACCACAAGAAAGGAAAGAAAUCCACACAGAGGCAGACCAGCAAUUGAUAGAACUGCAGCAGAGGUAUCAAGAAAUGAAACACAAAAACACUGAGGCAGAACAAGUUGUUGCAGUGUUGGAGCGACAGUUACUGGACGAACGGCAAAGGGCAGAAGACAGAUUCCAGGAAAUGGAAGAGAACAUGCAGAGGUUGCAGGUAAACAACUGGUCAACCCCUGAGGAUCCAAACAUGUCCCAAGAGCUUUCAUUGUUAAUUGAACCUCCAGAAAUUGUGAAGACCAAGGCUCGGAGUUCAUCCAUCCGAAGAUUUCUGCGCCAUGGGUUAUUCUCACGCAGACGGACUCCUUUGCUGAUUGCUCUUUAUCAAGUAGUUAUACAUGCGCUGCUGCUCCUCUGUAUCACAGGGCACUUGUGAUUUUACCGGCUGUAUCUUACUCCAUUCCUUGCUUACAGCAAAACAGGGCUAAAACUAUGAUACUGCACCUUCAGUUUGAUAUCACUUCAAAAUGCCUGGAAUGGUUUAGUCUUUGGAUUGGCACCAGGACAUCUGUUCAGAAAAGAUCACGAAGGACAUCCCAUAGUAUUGAAAUUGCAAUGUAUACAGACAUGUACAGAAUAUAUUGUUUCUGCUAAACAACAUUCACUAUUAAGUGUGAUGUUCUGAUGUACCCUUCGAUCUCUGAAGAUGUAACCUCUCUGACCUCGUACUGUCCUAAAACACCUUUGUUGCCUUUUCUAUAACCCAAAGUCUGAUGUUAAACAAUAGUUGUGAUUUCUGACAACAUAUGUAAUCUCUAGAAUGCCCUGUGCCCAUUUAAUUCGGUAUCUAUGUGCAAUAUGGCAGUACUUCUGCCAGAGAGAUCCAAGUAUGUGUGUAAGUAGCACUUCUGUUAUGUUAGUUAUGUCUAUAUAAUAGUAUGAGGACCAGAAAAUCCAUUAAAAGUAAUUUAUUGGAACCUAGAUCUGUUAAAGGAAUAUAUACUUCUCCAUUAAGUAUUCCUGCUUGUUUACAAAUGAAAAGCAGAUAUAUUUGACGUUUGCCCAUGCCAUUAUUCCUGUAUACAUUUCAUCUAUAAAUCAUCUAAAUAAGCAGGUCCUAUAGGCUUGCAGCAUACAUAAACUAUGAAUUUAUGACCAUGUCUCAAUACAUAAUUUCUCAGUGUGGGAGAGUGCCAUGAGACUUUUGGAAAGGCUAUGUUAAGUGUUGAUCUUUCCUUGCUCAUUAGGGUAAUAAAGGCUAUAAUGAAUAGUGUUAUAAAGAAUUUAUGUUAACCAAAUAUACAUGACCUAUUGAACCAGCCUUUUGCAUGUUGAAUGAACCAGAUCUGUUUUAAGAGGAUAUAAUGCCCUGAUUCUUUUGAUAAAUAUAAUUUAAUUGUAGCUGCACUUUAUUUCUGGGGUAAGAGGUUGGAAGAUAUAUCUGUGUUUAAAUGCACCAAAUUCAAACCAUAACUUGCAUAUUCAAAUCUAAGAAAAAUUUCAAAACUAUUAAAUAAUCUGAAAAAUAAUUGUUGCCUUUCGUUAUCCAUUGCUUUAAAGACAAGUUACUUUAAUGGUUUGGAUUUGGUCCUGCUUAAUGUUAAGGAUAUGGACGAAUCUGAAUCUUGCAAAACGUGCUGGGGUUCAGCUCAAUUUAGAACCAAAUUCAGGAUUUAGUGCCAUCCCUACUUUUGUGAUCAAGGCCUGUAGUCGUGUCUCUUUCCUCUUACACCAUCAUUGUGAUGAUCCAGGGCAUUUAUUUUAUUUCUGUUUAUCUAAUAAUUAGGUUUCUGGCUUUAUAGCCCUACUGUUGGAUAUGGUGUAUGUACAGUGUAUGUAUGUAUUUAUAUAUAAUUAUAUGUUUACACAACAGUUGGGCAAUUGUCUUUGGCUGCAUCUGAAAAAAUAGAUACCCUUGCUUCUAAUUGGCACGCACACAUAGUUCAAAGCAUGCACAUGGACACUGAAGGAAACAAAAAGCAAACUGAGCUAUUACCGAAUUUUCUUUUCUUCCCAAACUGGUGACUCUUUAAAUGAUCUUGAUUUUUUGUUUCUGUUAUGGUUGGAGGAAAGACAUAUAAAACACACUCAAAUCUUUUUUUAAAUCAAAUAGAACAGAAACAAGAAAUCAAUAUCAUGUCAUGGUGCCAAUAUAUUCAUCUACGACUCUAUGCAAAAGGAAACAAACAGGUCAGCAACUUUCCCUAUUUACCACCCAGUGUUCAGCCAGUCUCUUCUGCACACAGUCAUCAUCGUUGUUCCUCUGCCAGAUGUGGCAAAAAAUUGUUCUUGUUAUACAGAUAUCUGCCAUGUGUAAAGAUCUGAUUACUUUGCUGACAAUGACAGCAACCACCUGUCUUCCAUUAUGUGAUCUUUGUGCCCCCUGUCACUUGCUAACAUUAAAAAAUAAAACCUAUAUUGUUAUUCAUUACACUACCCAGCAAUACUAAUUGUUCUUACUCAACAACACUUAUCUGGGGUUUCCUGUAUUUCUGAAAAGAUGAUUGGUAUUAAAGUGCCAUGGGGAGCUUGCAGAGUCCCCUCAUUAAUUUCCUCAUUUUACUCUUAUCAGCCCUUUACCUUCUGUUGUCUGAACUUUUUUUGUUUUUCUUUGCACUAUAUAUUUCUUUCAGUAUCUGAUUUAGAAAAACUGGUAUGUUUAUAUCUAUGAUGGGUGUUCAUGUGCAGUGUAUUUCAUUUGUAUUUACUGUUAUUGCAACUGAUCAUUCUUUGGUUUGCAGGUGAAAUAUUUAUGUAAUACCCAUUCUGUGUGUUAGGCUGGUCAUUGCACUGACCUCUGGGGCUUUUGUAUGUGAUCUCAGUUCUGUGUUUUUAUGACUUAAUGUAUCUCUUAUGUCCUAGAAUUGGGAACAUGGGUUUCUACUUUUCACUGAUUGACACAGUACAAUUACAGCCCAAAUUUUAAAAUAAAAUAAAAUAUUUUUUCAAAUGA